UCACAGCAACAAAGAGCUCGCGGAGCGGAGAGCGGCGGCCACAGCUCGCCAGGGAAGCCCCGCGUCAGCUCCGGGAGCUGCGCGGCAGACUGAGGAAGCGCGCGGGGCGUCUGAGGGCGGUCAGGGAGCGGAAGAUGUCCAGGAAGAGAAAGCCCCGCAGCCUUAAGGAAGAGCCACCAGACAGUCCCUUUGAGGAACAGGACUUUGGUGAGCCAAGGGCAUAUGAUGCAGAUUUCAAGGGGCCUAUUGCCGACAGGAAUUGUACAGAUGUCCUGUGCUGCCUGGUCUUCCUACUGUUUAUUUUUGGCUACAUUCUUUUAGGACUUGUGGCCUGGGUACAUGGCGACCCCAGGAGAGUGGCCUAUCCUACAGACAGCCAGGGUCACUUUUGUGGACAGAAGGGCACCCCCAAUGAGAACAAGACCAUUUUGUUUUACUUUAACCUGUUCAGCUGUACCAGUCCCUCUGUGAUGAUAAACCUACAGUGCCCUACCACACAGAUCUGUGUCUCCAAGUGCCCAGAAAAAUUUUUGACCUAUGUGGAAAUGCAAAUUUUGUACAAAAGAGACAAAAGCUACUGGGAAUACUAUAGUCAGUUCUGCAAGCCCACUGCUAAGCCUGUGAAGACUCUCCCAGAAAUCUUAUUGGAUAAUGAUUGUCCAACAGCAAUUUUUCCAGGCAAACCUUUUCUUCAGAGAUGUUUCCCUGACUUCUCUACUAAGAAUGGCACUUUAACAGUAGGAAGCAGAACGCUGUUUGAAGAUGGAAACGGGAAGACGAGAAAUGUUAUAGAACUCAGGGAGGCUGCAAACGGUAUCAAUAAAAUCCUUGAUGCAAGAUCAGUUGGAUUGAAAGUGUUUGAAGACUAUGCAACAACUUGGCAUUGGAUUCUCAUUGGCCUGACUAUCGCAAUGGUGCUUAGCUGGAUGUUCUUGAUACUCAUGAGGUUUAUAGCUGGAUUCCUCUUCUGGUUCUUCAUGUUUGGUGUGCUUGGAAUUAUAGGAUACGGAAUAUGGUACUGUUACCAGGAAUACAGCAAUCUUCAGGAACACCCAGGUUCUACAUUAACUAUAUAUGACAUCGGGAUUCAGACUAAUAUAAACAUGUACUUUCAUUUGAAGCAAACAUGGUUCAUAUUGAUGGUAUUACUAUGCAUCACUGAAGUGACUAUCACCCUCAUGCUGAUCUUCCUCAGGAAACAAAUCCGCGUUGCCAUCAUCUUGGUGAAGGAAGGGAGCAGAGCCAUUGGAUGCAUUCCUGGUACAUUACUUUAUCCAGUUCUAACUUUCAUUUUGCUCUCAAUCUGUAUUUCCUACUGGGCUGUGACUGCAGUUUUCUUGGCUACAUCGGGGAUACCUGUAUACAGAGUCGUAACCCCACAGGGGCAAUGUAUACAUGAAAAUAAAACCUGUGACCCAGAGACUUUUAAUACAACCGAUGUUCCGAAAGUUUGCCCUGGGGCUUUGUGUAACUUUGCUUUCUAUGGUGGAAAAAGUCUGUACCAUCAAUACAUCUCUACCUUCCAUGUGUACAAUCUAUUUGUCUUUCUCUGGCUUAUAAAUUUUGUCAUUGCAUUGGGUCAGUGUGCCCUUUCUGGUGCCUUUGCUACUUAUUACUGGACCGUGAAUAAACCUGAUGACAUCCCACCACAUCCACUUUUUACUGCAUUUGGACGAGCCAUACGAUAUCACACAGGAUCCCUAGCAUUUGGAUCUUUAAUUAUUGCAUUAAUUCAGUUGUUUAGAAUUGUCCUACAAUACAUGGACAGGCAUCUUAAAAAUGCUCAGAAUAGCAUUUCAAGAUUCUUACAAUGCUGCCUAAAAUGCUGUUUCUGGUGUUUGGAAAAUGUGGUAAAAUUUUUAAACAAAAAUGCCUAUAUUAUGAUCGCAGUGUAUGGUGAAAACUUCUGCACAUCAGCAAGAGAUGCUUUCAAUUUGUUGAUGAGAAACAUUGUAAAAGUUGCAGUGACAGAUGAAGUUACAUUCUUUAUAUUAAUCCUGGGGAAAAUUCUAGUCUGUGGGAUAAUAGGUGUCCUGGCCUUCUUACUCUUCACAGAAAGAAUGCCAACACUUGUGGAAGGGCCAACUUCCUUAAAUUACUACUGGGUACCUUUGCUGACUGUCAUUUUUGGAUCUUACCUAAUUGCACAUGGGUUCUUCAGCGUCUAUGCAAUGUGUGUUGAAACAAUUUUCAUCUGCUUCUUGGAAGAUUUAGAAAGAAACGAUGGUUCUGCUGCAAGACCUUAUUUCGUGGCUCAAUCUCUGCUGAAGAUUUUGACGGAGGACAGUAUACACAAUAAGGGCCGGUAGAAGAGCAAACUGGUCAUCCUCCAGCGGUCUGUUACCUUUCCCUACCUGCCGUGUCUGCACCACUCGUUUUAUAAGUGCUUUUGUGUUCAGCGACACUGUAUUCACGACCUUGUUGGCUUGCAUUUGCAUGUUUUAUACCAAAGCUUAUAUUGUAAUAUGCGAAGCCAUCAGAAGUCGCAAGGGAAUUGUUAAUAACAUGGAACAUUUUUAUACUGAGAUCUUUUGUUUUGUAAUUCAUUUUUAAAUAGAGUGGCUUGGAUGUUUUGAAAAUACCUGUUGAAUAUGUUCGUAUUCUUUUGAAUAUUAGAUUGAAAAAUUAUGCAUUAUUUAAAUUGAUAGCUCCUAAUAUAUUUUUUAAAUUACAACUAAAAGACUUCUUCUGCAGGGAAAAUUGGUAAACAACGUGAAAGAAAAAUUUUUAAAGCUUUCCCCACUCCUGUUUGAGAAUAAACCAGUAAAAAGACCGCCUGCUCCAGACUUUGCUAAGUAUAGAAUGUUUCCUAUUAAACAAAUUGCCAAUCAUCCAGCCUUUACUACUUCAUCCUCUGACAAAGUGCCUUACUGGCUGUUUAAUAUUACCCAGCUUUUGUGGGCAAGUUUACAAACAUUGUUUAAAAAAAUUAAAACCUGCAACAUUCAAUGAUUAAAACAAGUCUUCUUGCAUUUGUUUUCCUCUUAGCUCACUGAUUGGAAACCAUUUGUCAUUUCAGUGUGUUUGAUAUCCUCACUAUUAGAGUAUAUCAUGCAGUAUAAACAAUUUCCCUUGCGUCUAGUGGACAUUCACGAAUGUGUACUAUACGCAAGAACAACAACAACAACAAAAAAAAACCUGAAAGGACACUUGUUAGGUUUGGGUGUUUUUUUUUUUUUUUUUUUUAAUAAAGAGAAGUUUAAAAUGUAAUCUUUUCUAUAGUUGACCUAUGAAAAUACAAUAAGACCACAUUUCUUGGUGUUUUACAGAUUGGAAAGGGAAACUUCUAGGAAUUACAAAGGGAAACUACCCCUCAAGAGGGUGCUCACAGAUGUCAUGUCCUGAACAGCUUCAUAGUAAAUUAUUGUUUAUUUUCAUUAAAGCCUGUUCUAUAUAUGUUGUUUCAUUUUUGGACUUUUGCUAUAAAAUAAUCAAUUUACUUAUAAUAUGUUAAUUUUAUUGUGUGAAUAUAAACAGGAACAUGAUUUCUAACUCAAUUUACAGUAAUUUUACUAGUACUACUACUUAAAGAAAAUUAAUUCAGUCUGUUACUUAUUGUUAAAGAAAGAGUUCACAAAAGUGUUUGCCCUAAAGAAUGUCAGUCCCAUAAUGAGAAUUGUGAAAGCUUUGAGAAUCAAUCACAAUAAGUUACUAUCACUUUAUCUAUUAUCACAUUUUUUAAAUGUGACUUUAGAAACUUGUAUGCCAAAAAUAAACUCAUGUGAGCACUUGACAGUCUGAGCUCUAUAACUGGAGUGCUUCUGCUGUGCAGAAAUAUUAAGAACAUAUUGUCUAAAUAUCUUUGAUAAC